UUGACGUUUUUCGUUUCAAAAGCCUACUCAUCGUCCUGCCCUGGUGAUUGUGAAUCAGAGGGAAUCCGUCAAACCUAACGACGUAAUGAGGUCUUGUUACCGAAUUAUUGCAUCAUUCCUGAUCCAUCGAGCAUACGAGUAAUUUCUGGCAAGUUCUCGAGUCUCGACGGAUCUCACCCAUCAUAGGGUGGAUCAUAGAUCAGUUCCCGCACUCAUCCCUCAUUCAAGCUCGCAGCCCCAACGUCCUACAACCUCAUAGCGGAGCCAUCCAUCUUAUCCCGGUGAUUUCCCGGAGCCACAGGUUAUCUUGAUUUAACAUGGAAUUGCCCGACUUAGGUCAACACUGCGGCUGGUCGACGUGUUCGCGGCUGGACUUCCUACCCUUCCAUUGCCAUUGGUGUGGGGGCGUGUUCUGUCAGGAUCAUGGUCCCUUGGACUCGCACCAUUGUCCGCAGCGCCAUGAGCGCGACGUCAAAGUGCCCGUGUGUCCCUUGUGUCAAUUGCCCUGUCCCGUACGACGUGAUCUCGGUCACACGCCCGAUUUUGCCGUCAACGCCCACAUUGACCGCGAUUGUCAGUCUGAUAAAGCCACCCGCCAGCGCCGUCCCAAACCCGUGGACCCGUUGGUGUGUGUGCGGGCCAAGUGCAAGAAGAAAGAGUUGGUGCCGCUCACUUGCGAUGAGUGCCGACGUCCGGUCUGCUUGACCCAUCGACAUCCCGAGGACCAUGCCUGUCCGGGUUCACGCGCCGGUUUGGCUCAAUUAACCUCGGCGGCUGCAAGCCGACGAGCCACUAAACCAGUAAGCGCCAUCAAAUCCAUGUCAGUUGGACGAACCUCCACUAAUGUUCGGUCUCUCUCGGUCCCGUCCGUUCAUUCGUCUCGCCAAUUAUCCGAAGAUGAGGCCCUGGCUCGGGCGCUCCAAGCCUCCCUGAACGAAGGGUCGCCCAGCGUCCCACCCAUGGACCAAACUGAGAUUGACCGCUUGACCGCCUUGAGCCUACAGGAGAGUCUCAACACUUCGUCUGGCUCGAGACACCCCACAGCGACCCAAUCAUCUUCUGGACAAUCUAAAGGCUGCUCUCUAUCCUAAUCCAUACUGUUCCAUUUUAUCAUUCCAUGAUGUACCCUAAAAGGAAUAAGUGUUUUCUCCCAUUCUCAUCUCGCAAUUGAUACGUUUCUGUUGUGCUUUUGGCAUAGCUAUGUGAUAAAAUUACCUUUAGCCCGUCAUUGAAACAAAGAUGAUAACAACAAAAGCAUA